UCUCUCCCUUUGCCCUCCACUCCACUCCCUCUUCUCUCUUCUUCCUCUUUGUCUGUCCCACGGAAGGUCUCGCGUGGGACUUUCCGGGUAGCGAGGGAUCCCCGUCGGAUCUGCGCCGGGAGACCUGCUCCUCUUCCCUUCCUCCUUUCCCUUCUCUCUCUCUUUCUCAAUCUCUCAAUCUCUCUCUCUCCCUUUCCCCCCCACUCCAUCCUCCGCCCGCGAGUGGGGAGGGCGGGGAGGGGUGACGUCACCGCUUAGCAGGUUGGCUAUAAAAAGCCGACGGCGAUCCCGGCGCGAAGAAGAAACCGAUCUGAUCCUCGAAGGAAAGAGAAGAGGAGGAGGAGAGCAAGGCAGGAGUUUGGAGGAGGAGAAAGAGGAGAGGACUCCGGCUUCCACCCUUACCCUUUGGAGGAUCCAUCCACCCACCCGUGGGAGAGUCCCUCCUUCCGCCCGCCUCCUUAGCCCACCUCUCCCCACGGGAUGCCCCCCUCGCCCCUCGUGGCCCUGGGACUCCUGCUCGCCUUGCUGGCCCUCGCCUCCCACGGGAAACCUCCACCGCCCGGGUUCCAGGUUAAGGUUCCUUCUCUGGCGGAGCUGCUGCUGCGGGAGGAGGUCUCCGCGUCCUCUUCUUCCUCCUCGGGCCCGGCCUCGUCCUCGGGCGGCAGCGCCCCUCGGGGCGGCACCAAGGCCAAAGGCAAAGGCAAAGACGCCUCUUCCUCGUCGUCGUCGUCGUCUUCGCGGCUGAUGCGGGACCUUCGCACCGAGGGCAAGCCCCCGCGGGCGGGAUGGGGCCGGGCGGCCCACGGGGAGAGCCACGCGGGAGGAGGAGGAGGAGGAGGAGAGAGAGGAGGAGGAGGGAGCCCGCGACGCUUCCACGGCAAAGGCCUGGGCAAGAAGGGCGGCGGAGGAGGCGGAGGCGGAGGAGGAGGUGGUGCCGGCGCCGGGAAGGGCUGCUUCGGCCUCAAGCUCGACCGCAUCGGCUCCAUGAGUGGCCUCGGGUGCUGAAGCUGAAGCGACCAGGGCCGAGGGCGCCCCCUGCUGCAGGUGUUUGAACCGACUCGUCUUCUGCAUCCAUUCACCCCAUUCCAUGGACAUUUGGGGACAUCCCGAUGGAUUGUCAAACCUGGCUGGGCUUCUUCUCUUGGAACAAGGACUCAGAGCCAAACCAGCAAAAUUUGGGGCGGGUGGGAGCGAGGCAGAGCUUGUGUUUCUGUUCCUUUUUCGAAAUCUGAAAGCUCUCCCUAUCAUACCCAAUAUAUACAUUACAUACAUAUAUAUAUUUACACACCUACAUGUAUAUCUAAACACACACCAUACAUGCACACAUACAGACACACAUGGAGACACGAAUACACACACACGGAUAUGAGAUACCUUUUUCCCCCCACGACAAGGGGCUGCCCCAUGCCUACCGACGGAGGAAGCCGGCCGUUCUUCGCAUAACGUUUGCUGUUUGUACAUUCAUGUCACGCAUAAAUAUAUUUAUGUUGUAAAGCUAUUUAUAUAUUGUUUAUAAAGAGAUAUUUAUAAAAAUUUUAUUUAUGUAACUAAAUGGAAAAAAAGGAGUCUAGCAUUGUAACUUUCUUUUCUGUUUUUCAUCUUUGAUAUUUGGGAAAAAUAAUAUGUUGGAAGAAAAACGAGCAGAAAAAGAAU